GUUGAUAAUUGACCCGGAAGUGACAAUACGCUGUUUGCAGCUGGGUUUUCAUUUUAAAAAUGGCGACCGACAAAGGUUAUGUGUUUGUAUGUAUUAGCUUGAUCCUGACGUUACUUUCUACACCAAGUCACUCUCGGCUCCAUCACCUAGAACUUAAGGACGAUGUCCGUCAGAGGGUUCACCUCAACACGUUCGGCUUUUAUCCAAGGGGCUACAUGUUUGUGAAGAUGAACAGGCUGAGUGUGAAGGGAACUCCAGCCGACAGCAUCGACAGCUCCACAAUUGGCUUCAGUUUGGAUCGCACAAGCAGUAACGGCUUCUCAACGUAUCUGGACGAUGGCUUGGAUUACUGCGUGUUGAAAAAGGUCCCCAGCACUGACUUUUCUGUGGUUCUUCUCCUGCUGGACUUCAGAAACAACAUUGUGAGGAUGAAGACGUCCGCAGAAGAUGGAACGUUUCCACAGAUCACUGUGCCUUCUGAAGCCGUAACAGACAAACAGAAAGAUAAAGCUCAGCCCGCUGGCGAGUCCAAGUCGAAGCGGGACGUGACUGAGAAUAAGGCUGAUGUCUCGUAUCCGCUGCAUAAUAAAGGCAAUAAUUACUCCUUUCAGUUCUUCUUCAACGUAACGUCAGAGGAACAGCAAGGCCUCUACAACUUCUACUUCCACAACUGCUUCUCCUCCACAGCUGCCAACCAGGAUGUGUCAUUCCAGGACAUGCUCACUUUCAGCAUCGACAUCAACAUCGAGGAGAAGAAUCCGGACAGCUUCCUGUCUGCUGGAGAGAUUCCUCUCCCCAAGCUCUACAUCGGCAUGUCCGUGUUCUUCCUUCUCAUUGGGACACUGUGGGUGUACGUUCUACGCACACGCAGAGCUGAUGUGUUCAAAAUCCACUGGCUUAUGGCAGCUCUUCCAUUCACCAAGUCUCUCUCACUUAUUUUUCAUGCUAUUGAUUACUACUACAUCUCCAACCAAGGCUUUCCUAUCGAAGGCUGGGCCGUGGUCUACUACAUCACACACCUGCUGAAGGGGGCGCUGCUGUUCAUCACUAUAGCUUUAAUAGGGACUGGCUGGGCCUUUGUUAAACACAUCCUCUCAGACAAGGACAAAAAGAUCUUCAUGAUCGUCAUCCCUCUACAGGUCCUGGCUAAUGUGGCCUAUAUCAUCAUCGAGUCAACAGAAGAAGGCUCCAGUGAGUAUGGCUUAUGGAUGGAGAUCCUGUUCCUGGUGGACCUGCUGUGCUGUGGAGCGAUCCUCUUCCCAGUCGUCUGGUCUAUCAGGCAUUUACAAGAGGCAUCAGCAACUGACGGGAAAGCUGCCAUCAAUCUGGCUCAGCUGAAGCUUUUCCGGCACUACUAUGUGAUGAUUGUGUGCUAUAUUUAUUUCACCCGUAUCAUCGCCAUCCUCAUCAAGGUGAUCGUCCCCUUCCAGUGGAAAUGGCUCUAUCAGCUGCUGGAUGAACUGGCCACUCUGACCUUCUUCGUCCUGACAGGCCACAAGUUCCGUCCAGCUCCUUCCAAUCCCUACCUGCUGCUGUCUGUGGAGGAUGAGGAGGAUAUGGAGAUGGACGAUGUGGUAACUACAUCUACUGCCAUGGGGGAGGGCAUGAAAAAGUUGAAAAAGAUGUCAAACGGCCCAUCAGAGGAACGGGAGAGCAUGGCAUGAUGGGAAAUGUAGUCCUUCAGGGAUUAAUCUGGACUUCAUGGCUAGUUCUGACAGAUACAGACGACAUUUUAUUAUUUUUUUAAUCUUCACUUGUGGAGGACUCGAUGAAACUUCCGACUGGAUGUGCUCAUGCUGGGACGUGGUGUAAUUUCUCUGUACGUGUUCUACAGACAGUAUAAAGACUCACUAACCUUCCUUUCUCAGUAGUUCUAAUGGAAAUGCUCAGUGCUGUGCUUUGUCUUCAGUUGAUGUAGGAUGUUUUGCUUUAAUUUAUUUAUUAUUGUUAUUUGUUUUUUUUAAUUACUGAUCUCUUUGUCAUUUUUCUGGCACUUUAGCCAACACACACUGGGCAAAUCCCAAGUCACUGUAGUGUCACUAUGCAGCUUCCUCGGUACUCCAGAGCCUCGAGUUUACUUGCAGGUCUUAGUUGAAUUCCUGAAUUCACUUUUCAGUGACAGGGGCAUAAAAGGGUUAAGCUGUAUUUCCUGUAUAAAUGUACAGAACUAAGACAAUUGUACAGACACAAGAUUUCCUACUUAGUUGAUGAACCUUGACUUUGUCAUGUUUUCAGUGGCAGUGAUUAUUUUUAAUUGGGGAUUAAUGAUGUUAUAGGGGGAAUCUAAGCAUUUCUUGUGUGGAUGCUAUUGAGCGUACUGGGCUGUAUCUUACUAGAGUAUCAAUAAUUGUAAAAAUAUUUAAAAAAUCACAUCUUUAUCCUCAUCAGUAUCCGUUAUUAAAAGGGUUUUAUUUUGAUGCUUAAACAUUUUGCUAAUUUUCAGAAGCCUGUAAGCUAGAUAAAGUGGUGAUCUAUUCUCAGUAUUAAAUUGUGCAAUGGUUUGAUUUCUGUAUUGUCUACAUUUUGUUUAUUUUGUCUGAAAUUGAAAGAUAAAGAUGUUUUUUGCUAUCUCUGUGAUGGUGAGCAGGUAUCAAAGACAAAAGUCCAAUCAAUCUGUUGUCAGUGAGGAUUUUCUGAAAUGUAGAAUAGCUGAGGAGCACAAUUAUAAUCCUUGUCACGUUCAAAAAAGAUUCUGGAUGAGACAAAUGGAUGCUCUUCUUAACGCCUGUGAUUAAAGACGCUGGUGCCCUGUGCUUGUGUUUGUAUGGAAUAUCACUGCUAAUUCGUACUAUGUUGACGGUUUUAAAAGAAAAUAUCGUUAAUUUGGCUUCUUCACCGUUACACUUAGGGUUGAUACAUGAAAAAAGUCAGCUUUUACAAGACAAAGUUUGUGUAUUUGCUUUUAGCGGCUACAUUCCAAAUAUAACAAUAUACAAGUUAGCUUUUCUCAUUGCUUAUGAUGCCCACAGAUUUUUUUGAAAGCUCUGAUAUUUGUGUUUCUCAGAUUUUCUUAGGUUUAAAUCAGUGUUUUGAUCAUUUUGAAGUGGGCUUGGUUUUUUGCUGUAUUUUUGGUUUAUCAAUAUUUGAAGGAUUAAAGAAAUAUAUGACCACUU